UACUAGCAUACUCGUCGUCUCACUCCUAUAAUUGGUUAUCUGCACAAUUCAUCAUGGCUACUACUAUGUACACCACCACUACCGCCGCGCCCUCAUACACGCCCUACUCGCAGAGCAAGGCAGCACUCUUCUUCCAAGAUCCUUCUUUCCUCCCUAUGACUGUGACGGCGAGGUCCGGAAAACGAUACCCGUUGAGCAAGAUCUACGUGAAGUACAUCCGACGAGUUUGGAAGCGCGUCUCUCGUGCAACGCGUAAGCCUGAACGGGCGUCGAUAUUGCCUGAUGGAUUCGUGUUGAUCAAUAAUGCGAGGCUUAGCGCUGCUGCGAAGCGGAAGAGCGUUUUAUUUGGUUGACUUGUCAUUACGCCGCUGCUGAUGAUGUGAAAAGAACAGGCACAUCACGCGAGGUUAGUUUCAGAUGGUCACAAACUUCCCCGCCUUCCCGGUUUACAAUAAUAUACUAGUUACAACAUAUACCCCGCAUUCCUCGCUCAAUCCUUGAUCCCUAUAAUCCCUAUAUAUCCACCCUAGUUCCUAUCACUAUCACUCUCCACGUUCACGUUUGUUUCACGCUCAUACUCACAUGGACUCAUCCAAUCACUUCAUC